CUGAGCUCCACGCGCUGCUGUGCCUGUCACAGUCGUCCUGGUUGUUAUGAUGUUCAGCUCGUUCUCCAACUCUCAUCUCUGAGGAUUCGCACCUGUUCACAGCAUCGCUUUCUGUCAUCUCGGCAUCACAGAAACUCUUUUUUCCGCCAGCCGCCCACAUACAGGUUUUCUUAGGGCUGGGAUGGACGCUUUACUCCAGGGGGCUGGUGACACUGAAGUCCUGGUGAGAUGUCCUUGAGUGGCAACACAAGCCAAUUGUCUUCGUCCACGUCGCCUCUGCCUCUGCUCUUCAACAGCUCCACCUCUACACAUUCCCUACCAUGGGAGAGAGAACGAGUCGAUCGAGAGUCUGUGCAGGAGUGGCCUGGGAACAACACUGAGCUCCUGUCAGACCUCUCUGUUCUCGGCCAUGAUGAGCAGUGCCAUAUGUCUCCUAUCCUCACAGCAUGUCUAGUCGUGUGGUACAGCAUUACAAUGGUGCUGGGGCUGGUGGGAAAUACUGGCCUCAUUUGCAUCAUCGCCCGUCGCAGGGAAAAGGCCAAUGUCACUAGCAUUUUCAUCUGCAACCUGUCAUUCUCUGACAUCGUAGUGUGCGUCUUCUGCCUUCCCUUCACUGUCAUUUAUACGCUCAUGGAUCACUGGGUGUUUGGGUCGCUGUUAUGCCGGCUGGUGCCAUUCAUCCAGUGUGUUUCUGUGACUGUAUCGGUGCUUUCUCUUGUGUUCAUCGCUCUAGAAAGACAUCAGCUCAUUAUUAACCCGUCGGGAUGGAAGCCAAGUGUAUUUCAGGCCUAUGUGGUGGUCAUUAUCAUCUGGAUUCUGGCCUGCUUCACCUCCUCACCUUUCUUGGCCUUUCAGCUGCUCACAAAUGAGCCCUAUGCCAAUGUAAUCCUCCCCCAGUCUCCGCUCCAUCACCAAGCUUCUCCUCAGGCUUACGUCAAUACAUCUCCACCUCAACCUCUCCUCUACACAUUCAAAAACUCAUCCGUACCUCCUAAUUCAUACCGCUCCCUCUUUUCUUACAUCCCCACCACUCAUAUGGAAGCCUGUGUGGAGCACUGGCCAUCCCACCAACACAGGGUUGCUUACACCACAUGGCUCCUGCUGUUCCAGUACUGCGGCCCACUACUGUUGGUCCUGCUCUGUUACAUUAGAGUUUUUGUGCGCCUUCGCCACCGCAAAGACAUGCUGGACCGUGCCAGGACCACAGAGAACCAGCGAAUGACCCACAGCCGCCGAAUCAACAUCAUGCUGGUUGCUCUCAUAACUGCCUUUGCUCUUUGCUGGCUCCCACUCACAGUCUUCAAUGUGGUUUCCGACUGGAACCAGGAGGCACUGCCCAUCUGCCACCACAACCUGCUGUUCUCCCUCUGCCACCUGCUGGCCAUGUCCUCCACCUGCAUCAACCCCAUCAUCUAUGGCUUCCUGAACUCCAACUUUCGGCAGGAAGUUAGGGAGGUACUCCUGCACUGCCGCUGUUACCCCCUAGAGGAAGAGUGUGAGCGCUUUCCCAUGUCCACAGUGCACAUGGAAGUGUCCCGCACCUCUGUGCCUCCCCACUGCAGGAAGAACUCUGUCUGACUUUGACGUAGAAUGAUAGUAGGACUUAUUUUUGUUGCUUAGUCUACUUUUAAAGACAGUGCAAAUGUUUUAGCAUUGGUUUAAAGUGUAAUAUUUUGUUUGUGGUUUGAAGUAAAGUGUGUUGUACAAUGUUGCUUUAUCUUUUUCAGUGUUAGACUCUAAUUUUAAAAGAAGUGCACUGAUGGAAAAAAAUCAAGCCACAUUUUGAACACAUCUGUUACUGUCAAUUUCAUGCUUCAUGCUACGUAAUAUUCGUUACAGUAUUCUGCUUCUUUACUGCUUAAACUAACAGGUGGUUAUAUUGCAUGUGCACAAAUGAGUGUCGGUUUAAGUGUGACUUUAGAAAGUUGGUGCCAAUUAAACUUUGCAAACGCCAAGCAUUUGUUUUUCUCCAUAUCUCAUAUAAAACACUGUAGUCCAAGUAUAGCUGAAUAUUGUGAUGCUGCCAAUAUAUAGAGGGUUAUGAUAUAUGAGGAAAAUCUAGGUUACCGAGUGCAGGAAAAAACAGAUGCAAAUGCAUUCAUAUAGUUCACUUCAUUUGCAUUGGGCCACCAUUUCCAUCUUUGAACUUUACAAUGAAGAAGAAGCUCUGGUUUCUCUAGUAACAUUAACGAUGGCUCAGUUUGAUUCAUCACAUGAAGGAAUGUCUUUCAUAAGAAGGCUCUUCAUCCCUCCAGUAGACUUCCAGAGACUUGUACAGGUUAGCAGCAGUUAUUAAAGAGGCUUGUCAUGAACAGACAUCUCACAAGGACAUUCAAUUGUAUGUUGUUUUUUUUCAUUUAUUUUGUCAGGGAAGUGUACAGAAUGUUGAACUGAAAAGUAACACUAUGGCAAUUUAUGAUGUUAAAAAUAUUUUAAUUUUUCAACUACUGCUGUUGCAUUUCUUACAUUUCAUUGAUUAUUUAUUUUGUAAUUCAUCUUUAUCUCUCUAUCCUCUAAUUAACUUCUUUUGUAAUCUGUGCUGUAUAAUCUGUUUGUGAGCUUUGACAGUGAGGAAAUGCUGUUUUGUGAUUAUCGUAAUGAAUAAAAGUUAAAAAAAAAAACAACAACAGUUUUUAGCAUCUUUAAAUUAUGUUUACAUAAUUUGCAUUAUACAGGUUUAAUGAAUAUUGAAAUAACAUCAAGUGUGCUUACAAGGGCUUUAAAGGGAGAUUAAAAUGCAUAAAAAAAUUUAGUGCAGUAGAGAAAAUGGUAAUUUGAGAGAUACACUUAAUUACUUUCCAUUACAGCAUGUAAAGACCUGUAAUAUAUGUAAAUUACAUACAGCUGUCUAGCUACUUAAUCCAGAUGUUUGCUUAAUAGGGCAUGUAUGAGAUGGAGAUGUGGUGCUACUGCAGGCUGUCUGUUUUAUUAGUAAACUAUGACUGCUU